AUGGGAAUCCAUAACGCGAAUGUGGUAACGCAUCACCCUUUUCACAAUGAAAGCAAAUUUGAGGGGCAGUAUGAGGACCAAGAUAGGGUCCACAAUGCGAUGUACCCUUCGACAGCUGGAGGGGCAAUGCCGAAUGAGCAUAACCCGUCCAUCGCUCGAAGUAUGUCUCGAUACAGGCGCAAACGACCCCCGACAACCACUGGUCCGAUAACAGCCUCCGUCCCUGCUAUGCCAAAUAGUACCAAGAUUCAGUCCAUGCCCCCAGUACCUGAUCUUGCAAAGCGAGCACUGACAGCGGAGGAAGAAGAGGAGGAGCGCACAAGACAAAGACAUCGACAGAAUGCUAUGGACCAGCUGACGGGAGGACGUACUUCAUCUCAGCCAAGUCCAUCGCGCCCUGACAGAUUAAGGAAGGAAUCGUCGCGAAAAAAGCCAGCAACGGACCAGUCUCCUAGAUCAGCUAAUGGACGCCAUGGUGAUACGCCACUUUCCCCUAGCAAUAGCAAUCGCCGAUCUCUGUUGCAGAAAGUUGGACUUGGCAAAGGCAAAGAGCCUAUCGAUCCUCCGCCACUUAACUAUAUUGGAAUCGGUGGAAGUGGCAUCGUUCCCGGUACCGAUGCGCCACGUUCUGCUGUUAAUGCCGGCGAGCGCUUGGUACUAGUUAAAUUCGGUGGUGCUACAGCAAAUUUGGUCGUCAGUCCCUCAACCCAAGCCUACUGCCUUCUUAUGUCUGCUUCGAAAGAUUUGGCACGCAGCAUUGACCCGAACACUUUCAUUGUUAUUGAGUCUUUCCAAAAGCUGGGUCUAGAACGGCCGCUGCGGCGUUACGAGCGCAUCCGAGAUGUGAUGAAUUCCUGGGCACAUGAUGCCGAGAAUUGCCUGAUAAUCGUCCCUCCUUCGAGCAUGGACGCUCUAGCUCAGCUCGACUCUCGGAAUGUGCCUGUUGAAAAGCCUAGUGGGACCACUGUCUAUCUUUACCACUCCCAGCGCCCCCGAAAGUGGGAUAAACGCUAUAUCACACUUCGUCCAGAUGGACAAGUCACGGUGGCGAAGAAAGAAAACUCUACAGACCAGAGCAAUAUUUGUCAUCUGUCCGACUUUGACAUUUACUCUCCCAGUGUUCGUGCGCUUGCGAAGGAGAUCAAACCGCCGAAAAAGAUAUGCUUUGCGAUUAAAAGCCAACAGAAAUCAUCAAUGUUUCUCUCAACCGAAAACUUUGUACACUUCUUCUCCACCAACGAUAAGGCUUCGGCCGACAAGUGGCAUCAGGCAGUUCAGAGCUGGCGAAGCUGGUACCUUGUCAACAAAGUUGGCGUGACCGAGAACGAGGAUGUCAAGCCGACUAUGUCGAUUCGGACCAAUACAAGUCUGUCUCAACAACAACCACUUUUAGAUCGGCAGUCUAGUGACCCGGAGCCAAUCAUGCUCUCCCGAACCUCUACUGAUCAAUCACGGCCACCUCAUUCCAAGGAACACUUCUCGCGUAAACAGCUCACUCGGGAGCGUGGACCGCCUCCAAGUUCCUUUCCUAAAAGUUUGGCCAACGAUCUUGUCACUAAGGGGUCUAGCGAAAUUAACAGCGGGUACUUGGCUCCUGGUAUAUCAUCAGAGGAAGGGGAGGCAGAAACUUUUGCACCUGCUGGUCUCCUGGGUAGGAAUUAUAGUCAGAGGCAACAAGCGAUGCGUGAGCGAGAGGAAAGAGAAAAGCGGACAAAACAGGAGCUUUUCGCGAACUCCAUAUUCCCUCCCGGGCAACAAAGCGGCCAUAACAACACUCCUCCCCAAAUUUCCGAUCCCGCCGUCUUGGUCGGUCGUUCUCUGUCUACCACACAAAAGCCCCUGGUAGACCUAACGCCUACCUUCCAUGAGCCACCACAGCACACUCGCAAAGGCCGCGGCGUCACCGUGGAUCCCGGCAUGCAGCUUAUUGAUGGAGCAACAGGGCCUGAUCUGACUCCUGGGACAGUCGUAAUUCCCUCCGCAACGGCAUGGCGACGCCCUACAGAUACUAGUUCCCUCAAUCGCAAUCAUUCGAAUACCGCACGUUCUGUGCGUAAUGCCUCGACCUCCACCAAUUAUCCCGACUACAAUUCCACAGGUGCUCCCAGCCCAGCGUCCCCAAAUAUCCCUUUUACAGCACAGAGUCUACUCGCACUUUCUCGAAAAACAAGCACUCGUGCACAAACCAAAGCUGCGGCCCCCACAGGCCAUGGUGUGGCAACAGGUGAUCGAAGUGCUACGCGCCCAAUGAUUGACAUGUCUUCGGAAAAUCCCUUUGCUGAAGGCAGUCUUCUACGAAAGCUGUAG